CAAAACUGAAAAACCUUCUAGGCUUCUUCUACUCCUCACACCUCACACCCGACCUCUCUCCGCACCGCCACCGCCGCCGCCGCCGCCGAGUCACGCUAACGACCUCUCUUCGCACCGGAGUUGGCCGACAUGGACCCGCGCUUCCCGCUGCCGCCGGCCGGCGGCGGAGCUCGGGCCCACCACCGCCGGGCCCACUCGGAGACGUUCCUGCGCCUCCCCGACGCCGACCUCCUCCUCGACCCCGACGCCGACUUCUCCUUCUCCGACCUCGACUUCCCCUCCCUCUCCGACGACUCCCCAAACGCCUCCGACCCCACCCCGCCCCCGCCACCGCCCCGUCCCUCCGCCCACACGAGGAGCCUCUCCCUCGACGCCGCCUUCUUCGAGGUCGGCGGGGGCGGGGGUGGCCAUAAGAGGAGCGGGUCCAUGGAUGGGGUCACCUCGCCGUUCGAAGGCGAGUCGGCGCUGUCGAGCGGCCUGCCGGACUACGCGAAGAAGGCCAUGCCCGCCGAGAGGAUCGCCGAGCUCGCCCUCAUCGACCCCAAGCGCGCAAAGAGGAUUCUAGCAAACAGGCAGUCGGCAGCUAGGUCGAAGGAGAGGAAGAUCAAGUACACUAGUGAGCUGGAGAGGAAGGUCCAGACUCUGCAGACGGAGGCCACUACGCUGUCAGCACAGCUCACGCUUCUCCAGAGGGAUACAACUGGUUUAACUGCUGAGAAUAGAGAGCUCAAACUCCGGUUGCAGUCCAUGGAAGAGCAAGCUAAACUGCGGGAUGCUUUGAAUGAAGCCCUGCGAGAAGAAGUCCAACGACUAAGGAUAGCUGCAGGUCAAGCUGCGAACAUGAACGGGAACCCCUUCAACGGUGGACUCCAGCAGCAGAUCCCAUCCUAUUUCUUGCAACAGCAGCAGAUGGGCUACUUUGGUGGGCACCAGGCUCAGCACCACAAUCCAAGCCAUCACCAGAGUUCAGCGAACGGUGGCCAGUCGCUGAGUGGUCAGUCCCUAAACGACUCCAUGGAUUUCAUAUGAGGACAAUUCCUGGGCCUAUUAAAUCAUAUACCAACUGCAGUUCAGCAUUGUAAAGAUAGCUAAUGUACAAUGUAUGCAUAUGACUCAUUGGUAGGGUAGUUAGCUCUUCUUUGUAUCAUUAACCAGAAAGUAAUUGUUGUAUGACAUAAUCUUUUUUUUUGUUGGUUUCUGGAGUAAUGCGUUAGUCUGGAUUAACUACCCUUAACAAUUUACCUGUCAGUGUUUACCCUGUUAAGUGGCUCUGUAAAUGUUAAGUUUUUUUUCCUGGUGGCAA